GUAUCGUUCAUUGUUUUUAUAUUUUUUUAUUUUUUAAUAAAGCUUCAAUAACAAAAAAUAACACAAUUUAGAAUGGACUACAAACAAACAUAUAAUUAUGGCACUUCCGUCAAAAUUUCAAAUUGGCAAGAUCGAAUAUUGUCUUAUCCGCUCGAUAAUUCAAACCCAAAGUCAAAAGGGUCAUCGCAUUAUCGAGCUUUAGGAGAUUCAAAUCUUCUUUUCAUUCCGAAAACAACAACUCAAGAACAACAAGAAUCUGGAAUACUAACUAAAUCUGAAGCACGGCAAGUUGCCAAGGGUGAAAUUAAUUUUGUUACGUAUCCUAUGAAUGAUUUUCGUUUCGACAAUUAUGAACCCAAAGAAUCUCCUUACGUCGAGCCUAAGAUAUCAACUUAUCAGGAAGUCUUCAAACCACCGCGACCAUUGACUAAAAAUUUAGAUUGCUGUGAAAAAGUCUUACAUCCACUUUUCAAUAAAAUUCCAAAAAAUGAUUUUGAAAUGCUUCCUACAUCAACAAAUAAGUUCAUGGAUGACCAUUUAGUGAAAAUUGCUGAAGGCAGAAAGAAAAUUAAUUUUUUUCGACAGAUACGAAAUACUUCAAACAUAUUUUGUUGAAAAAAUUACGGUCCUUAUAUUGAUUAAAUUUUCACUGUUAAAACUAGCGCACUCUAUAUUUUCACUGCAAGAACAUAAAAAGCUUUUUGAAGUUUAAAAAAGCUCUUAGCUGAGUAAAUCAAGUGGAAGAGACCUUUUGAGUUUAUAAACUAUUAAAAUAGAUGUCGCUACGUUUGAAUACGCAAAAAUUGAAAUUAAAAUCUGAAAAAGUUGAAAAUUAAAGCAAUAAAUUGAUAAAUUACAAGUAAAUU